GGUGCUAUAUAUAGCUGCAUCGCAAAGAUAACAGCCAUAGUACCGUCAAUAAAAUGGUACUACAAAGCCUGCCUAUCUUGCAAAAUAGGAUACAACAGCAUUUCAGAAACUCCAAGAUGUGAUUGUGCUACUUCACAGCCCAUGCCUAUGUUCAAGCUUCCUCUUGCACUUACAGAUGAUACAGGAAGCAUAGAAGCAAUAGCUUUCUCUUCCAUAGCUGAAGAUUUAGUAGAGCGUAAUGCAUACCAAGCUUCUCAAAACAUGAAGAUACAUGCAACAGACCAUGCAGCGUCUUUACAAACAGCUGUUGGGAAAAUAAGACUAUUCCACAUAGGAAUGAGUACUGAUAUGUCAUCAAACUUCUCCAUUAAAUAUGUCAUCCGGAAGAGUUUUCCAAUCGACAAACCACCCUCAACAUCACUUCUGUCACAUAAUGAGAAUACACCUGCAUCGCCUAUAUUACCUCUUCCAGCAACUAAUGACACAUCCAGCGUCACCAGUUCUGCUGCGAAGAGAACUAUAGACUUUGAUCAUAGCGAAACACAUGCACCAUCCACGCCAGAUGAUGCAAAACGUCAAAAAAAUAAUAUAACGAUAGUGGAGAAUCCAUAACUUCACUUAUCCAAGAUAGUCAAUACAAAGUCCAAUCACUUCACAAAAUGAUGCAGACAUUUCCAUUUCCUCCUAGAAUAAAAUUAAAGCAACCUUAUUACCUAUUAUGGUUCCUCUUUUUAUGAGUUUCAUCAACUUCAACUUAUCCUUACAUUGACUUCAAUAUUUAAUCAUA